AUGAAUGUCACCUGGACAGAAAGUAUCUCUCAAAUCCUAGGCUGGGCCUAUUUCGUCCUAUGGUCGCUGUCUUUCUACCCGCAAGUUCUGCACAACCACCGCCGCCGCUCGACAGAUGGCUUCUCCAUUGACUUUGCUCUGCUCAACGUACUGGGAUUAUCCGCAUACGCUGUUUCCAACGCCUGCUUCUUAUCUUCGCCGGUCGUGCGCGCCCAGUAUGCCCAGCGACACCCGCAGAGCCCUGAACCGACCGUCCAAUGGAACGAUUUUGUCUACGCCCUCCACGGGGCGCUGAUAUGUUGCUGGAUUGGUAGCCACUUUCUCUGCGCGCGGUUCUGGAACUUUGAUUCUAAGCCGCAGCGGGCGAGUAUCUUGGCUCUCGUAGUCUUCUGGGGCUGUCUGGGGGUGGUUCCUCUGGCCGUUCUGUGGGUUCUGGUGUCGGCGUCGGGAGAAUGGAUUGAUGUGGUCUAUGUGAUCGGCAUGAUCAAGGUGUUCCUGACCGCCGUUAAAUACACACCCCAGGCGGUGAUGAAUUAUCGGCGGCAAUCAACGGCGGGGUUUUCCAUCGGGGCGAUCCUGCUAGAUCUGUCCGGUGCGAUUCUGUCGCUGAUACAGUUGGUGUUGGACUCAUCGUUGCAGGGGGACUGGUCGGGCGCGGUCGGCAACAUCGCCAAACUCCUGCUGGGCAAUAUCACCGUUCUAUUCGAUCUCAUCUUUAUCUUUCAGCACUUUGGUCUGUAUCGGGAGGUAUCGGCGGAGAAUAAGCCACGGUUAUCAGAGCGCGAUGCUCUCCUCGGUAACAGGAAUGAGGCAUAG